AGGCCCCAUGCUGAGCCCCACAGCGCGGCGGGCCAAGGCCUAUCCCUUCUCUCUGUCGCCCAUCGUGGAGGAAGACAGUCUCCGCAGCGAGGAAAUGGUGGAGGGGGGGCCUGUCGCGGGAUGACAGGGGACUCAUGGUGCCACCAGCCACAGAGGAGCUGAGGAGUCUGAGCGGAGGUGUGGGGAUGGAGCAGCUGGCCUCGUCCUCCUCUCUGUCCAUCCUGUCCCUGCUGCAGUCGGUCAGCGAGCGCCUGCAGUCCAGUGGCUACUCCGACACGGAUGCAGACUUAGAGGAGCCCUUCAUCCCUCCUCUACGGCGGCCCCUAUGGGACUUCUUUAACAGUGGCCAGGCGGAGGGUGAGGAGGGGGAUGGCCAGGGAAUGGAUGGAGACCAAAGUAGCAAGCAGGAGGGCCCAGGCUCUCUGACACUUCCUACUGAUCCAUUUACUAUGGGACCUCGAGAAGGGUAUCCAAUGGAGGACGUGAACUAUCUGCCCACCCAAAAGCCUGCAGAUUCGCCCAUGAAUCAGUAUUUGAAAUCAGCGCCGCCAGUGUUGCCAGAGCCUGAUGAUGACAACGGUGAACAUCAUGCCGAACUCAUUCCGCGCCUCAGUGAUAAUAAGUGUCCAUCCACAGCAACCGACAUGGGGGAAAAUUGGAGUUGUGGAAAGGUCAUCCCAAGGCCUACUCUGAUGAACAUCUUUGAUGGUGUGACAUUCUCUGGGGAGAGGCGGACUAUCCAUGCAGACCAGGAGGAUUCUGGGAUGGUGUUUCCACAGGGUGCCUCUGUGCGAGUCUUGGGAGGAUGCUGGCUUCUGUACCUGGAGCCGGGGUUCCAGGGCCCCUGGGUGCUACUGGAGGAAGGGGAGACGGUACUGAGCCACCAACUGGGCCAGCAGCAGGCCAGCCAGGGGAUAAAGAACAAGCCCACCAGCAUCACCAUCGGCUCCAUCAGAAGACUACUGAAGGAUGACAGCACUCCAGAAAUUCAUCUGCUUCCGAUCGGAGCGCCAGGAGGAGCCACGGAGCAUCUCUACUCGAAAGCGGACAUCUUGGGAACACGUGGUGGACCUAUCCACCUGUCAAACCUGACUGUCAAGUCUGGCUGUUGGCUUGCCUAUGACAACCCUGGUUUCCAUGGGAACUAUGCGAUUAUGGAAGCAGGUGGCUCCCCAACACCUGGCGCUGGUCAUCCCCAGGUCGCCGCUGUGAGGUCACUGAGACCCCUCAGAAUGAGUGGACUCAGAGUGAGGAGACCUCUGGAUCCUAAGCUGUUGGUGUUCGAGCAGCCCCACUUCCAGGGGCGGAGCGGAGAGCUGGGAGGCCACACCCCCAGUCUGGGAGCUGUGGCUGGGCUGAAGGGGGCAUUGUCGCUACGGGUCAUUGGUGGAGUAUGGGUGGGCUACACUGGAGAGGACUACACAGGGUGGCAGUAUUUACUGGAGGAGGGAGAAUACAGUGACUGCGCAGAUCUGGGUGGAGCCGAUCACCCUCUGCUGCUCUCCUUCCGCUUCUUACAGGCAGACUUCAUAGAGCCCUCAGUGUCACUGCAGGAGGAAACUGGCUGUCCUGGAGACGGGGGGAGGAACAUUUUGGAUCUGGACAUCCCUGAUCUGGAGAAAGCUGGAGCCACAGAGAAGACCACUGCCAUCUCUGUGAAGAGUGGAGUAUGGGUGGCGUAUAGCGAGCGAUGCUUCAGCGGAGAGCAGUGCAUACUGGAGAAAGGCAAACAUCCUGCCACUCUGCACUGGGGUGGCAACUAUGGAGCAGCUAAGUCUAUCAGACCCAUACGAUUGGAACUUUGUGGCACCGGAGAACCAAAGGUCUUGCUGCGGGCCUACAGCCAGCCCCACUACGGGGGAGUGAGUGAGGAGUACGAGGGGGAGGCAGGACACUGUGGAUCUCCCUCCCCCAUGUCCUUCAGAGUCAUCAGGGGAAACUGGCUGCUCUUUGAUGAGGAUGGUUACUAUGGAAACCAGUAUGUCCUGGGAGAGGGUCUUUAUCCUGACCUCAUUUCCUGUGGCUGUGUGGACACUUCUGUCAAAUCACUGAGGCCCAUUCCCUAUAGUUUCUCCGACCCGUCCAUCAGCCUGUUCUCCCUGGAUUACUUAGAGGGCCCGAAGAUGGUUGCCGUAACACCCACAGAGCAGAUGAAGGACUUCUUCACUCAGUCUCUGCGGGUUGACAGUGGACUGUGGGUGGUGUAUGAAUAUAGUCACUAUAAGGGCCGUCAGAUGCUGCUGCAGCCAGGGGAGCUUCCUGUGUGGGGAGAGCACAGCGGCUGGGACACCAUUGCCUCCUUACGGCCCCUCAAACAGCCCAGGCUUUAUAUAGAGGUAAGGAACCGUGCCCUGGGUUCAGUGCUGACCUCUGAGAUUGUCCAGGACGACUUGUCCCUGGCCAGAGUGUCCCUGUCCCCGGCCUGCUCUCUGGACACCCAGCGCUGGCUCUUCACCGGAGGGCUGCUCUGCUGCAAGGCUAGUAAGGCGUGUCUGUCAGUGAUCGGAGGGAAGGCCACAGUGGGGGCCAGAGUGGCCCUGUGGGCGGAGCAUGGACGCACACACCAGAGAUGGAGCCUGAACCACAACGGAACCAUCUCUUCCCAUCUCAACCACAAACUAGUACUGGACUUCAGAGGUAGAACAAGUUUCGAGAGGGACCACCUGGUUGUCAAUGAAUUCGCUGCUGAUCAGGCCACACAGUUCUGGGACAUGGAGUUGGUCUAGAAGAAAACUCCUGCCAAAGCCAUGAGGCAUCCCAGUGCAGUAUGGGAGAUGUUUGUUGUGGUUUUUGUUUCUAUCCUGGCAGAGCACUUCUCCCAGCCAUCUGGCCAACGUGUCCAUGACAAAUGAGCAAGAAGCAUCGCGUUCAUUUCCUGUGUCUUUUUUUGCUUGAUCUCAGGACCCAGAAACCAUUGCAGCGGCGCUGACACACAGAGUAACGAUACAGAAUCCAAUCGUCUUUCUCUACUUGAACAUGUCAGUGUGGCACUUAAUUCUAAAGCUAAUGUGUAGACAGUUAAGAACUGACAGGGGAAUUUAAAGCCAAAACUACAGGAUCAAGGCAGUUGAGCAAUCACAUAAAGGUUAUGAUAACUACCACUACUACACCAUUGAAAUAGAAUAGAUUUCAGUCAGCCAGUCUUUAACCUAAUGGGCUUACUGCUCUGUCUGAGGCAAUAUAAUGUAGCUUCUUAGCUUCUAUUUCUGAUAUCUUUUCUCAAGCACAUUUGCACUACCAAGAUUUUCACGUGAAAUGCGGCCAACAUCUUGUUUCUCUCGAUGAUGUCAAGGAAUUUGUUGCUGUAAGCUACCCUCGUCCUUAAAAUAUCAUGUCACCACUAACUGCCACUAGCCCAAAGUAAAAUAGUCACCGGCCCUCUACAAAUGUGUUCAGCGGGAGUGUUUUAAAAGAGCGUCUGGUUAUUUCACUGGAGCAAAAGGUGCAGAACCUUAAUAUAUAUGUAUGAUAUUCAGGAAUAGAUGUAAUCAAAUAUUUCUUAAAGAAUUGAUGUCCAUAAAGAUAAGAUGACAGUGUACAGUUGAGGCAAGCUGAUAAUUAAUAAUGAAGAUGUUUAUGUUUUUAAAUCUGUGAAUAAUAUUAAAGGUUAAUGUCAUAUCUGUUCA